GAGCGAAGUUCGGUGCCAUGGCGUCCGAGAAAUUCCGAGAUGUGGAGGUCUUGGCCCCCAUGGUGCGAGGGAGUACUCUACCUUUGCGCUUGGAUUUCUGAAUGCUUGCGAUAUGGUGCAUCUUUGGUUUGGGGAGAGGAGAUCAUCGACCGGAAGUUGAUCGGCGCCCUUCGCGUCGAGAAUUCGGCCUUUGGUUGCAUCGACUACGUCUCCCCUAGGGAGAAGGUCUCGGUGUUUUCCACUUGCGCCGAAGAGACGAAGAAAGUCAUUUUUCAGCUGGGCACGGCUAGUGCCCAUCUGGCAGUAGAAGCUGCACAGUUGGUGUGUAACGAUGUGUCGGGCAUUGACGUCAACAUGGGUUGCCCAAAGUCCUUCAGUGUGAAGGGGGGCAUGGGAGCUGCCUUAUUGGAUAAGCCGGAGGUCGUGGCGGAGAUUCUGACGUCGCUGCGACGUGCCCUGCCCUCUGAGAAGUCGGUGACCUGCAAGAUCCGCAUGCUUCCGAGCACCGAGAAAACCCGCGAUUUCAUGCGAGUCUGUGAGAAGAGCGGCGCUGAAGCCAUCACGGUGCACAUGCGUUUGCGCGAGGAGCGCCCGGCCGAGCCUGCGCACUGGGAUGAGAUGGAGAGGCUCUGGGAUGCCGUCCAGGUCCCCGUGUUGGCCAACGGCGACUUCUUCAGCAGACAUCAAAUCGAUGAGUUCUGGAAGCAUUGCAAGGAGAAGGGCUGCCGGCCCUCAGGGGUGAUGAUCGCAAGAGGCGCCCUGUGGAAUCCCAGCAUUUUCAGCCGAGAACCACCUGCAUUUGACGAGAUGGUCCGCUCCUAUGUUCGCAGUGCCGUGGCCACCAAUUCCACCUAUCAGAACACCAAAUGGGUGCUAUCUCAGAUGUUAGCAGGUGGUACUGGUGUGACCGUGCCCACUUCCUUCAAUGGGAUCAACAUGAAGACCUUCAACCGUGAGCUCUCAGCCACCAAAUCGAUGGCCCACAUUUGCACCGCCUUUGGGGAGCCCUUCGAGCCCACGUAUCCCAACCGUGCGCACACCACGGUCUUCUACAAGGAUUUUCCGUUUCCGGAGGAGGACCCCCAGAAGCGCUCCCGUUUGCCGCCUGUCGACGCCGAGAUCGAGUCGCCGCAGAAGUGUCGGCGCAUGGAUCCGGGUGGUGAGAGCGCUUAGCCCUGAGCUGUCCACGAGGGGUUGAACAUGUGGUAAGAAACCC